AUGGAAAUUCAAGCCCACAAAGAUCAAGAAGAAGAACUUCUUCACUUAACCACACCACAAAAUCAUACCCUUGAAGCUGAAGUUCACAACAAAGAGCAAGAAAAAGCACCUCUACUUUUAACUAUACCACAUCCGCACACCAUUGAAGUUCAAGCACGCAAAGACGAAGAAGAAGCACUUCUCCUCCAAACAUGUGCACUCAAAAUAGAUGAGAAAGAAGAAGACUCUCCCAAGCUAGAAAAAGAAGUGCAAAUGAAGGAAAGUGAUUCUCCGCCUCCUUCACCACCACCACCGCCACAGCUGCAAGAAGUGGAAGUGAUUCCACACAUCAUGGAAGCUCAAAUUCACAAAGACCAAGAAGAAGCACUUGUCAAUUACACAUGUGCACUCAAAAUAGAUGACAAAGAAGAAGAACACUCUCCUAAACAACAAGAAGAAGUUCCCAUGAUGGAAAAUGAUUCUCCGCCUCCUUCACCGCCGCCACCACUGCAUGGUGUCGAAGUAAUUCCACACACAAUGGAAUCUCAAGUUCACAAAGAAGAAGCACUCAUCAUCCAAACAUGCGCACUGAAAAUAGACGACAAAGAAGAACACUCUCCUAAUCAAGGACAAGAAGUAGCACACGUGAAGGAAGAUGAGACUGAUGCAGAGACAAAAGAAAAUGACUCUCCACCACCAUUGCAUGAAGUUGAAGCCAUUCUUGAAUACGAAUUUAAGAACAAACUAUUACUAGAAGAGGCUUUCACUCAUGGUACUUAUGGUGCUGAGAAUGGCUUAUCAUAUGAACGUUUGGAAUAUGUAGGUGAUUCAGUUCUUAACCUAAUGAUAACAAAGGAACAGUUUCAAGCAUAUCCAACCCUAGCACCAGGUCACUUGACCCGUUUACGUGCUGCAAAUGUCGACACUGAAAAACUGGCACGUGUGGCAAUCAAGCAUGGUUUGCAUCGUUAUUUGCGACACAAAAAACCUCUACUUGGAGACCAAAUUCAAGAAUUUACUAAAGGGAUAGCUGAAUAUCCUUUACAUUCCAAUGGACUGAUCGACGUUCCUAAAAGUUUAGCAGAUAUUGUCGAGUCAACCAUUGGUGCAAUCUUCGUUGAUUGUGGCUCAUCGGUCGAAACUGUGUGGAAGGUUUUUAAAAAGCUACUUGAACCUAUAAUUGAUCCCAACACUAUUCAAAGGCAUCCAGUCACAGAGCUUCAUGAAGUUUGUCAAAAGAAAAGUCUCAAGUUACAAUUCAGAGAUUUGUGGAAAGAGACUAUGAGAAUUGAAGUCCUUAUAAAUGAGGAGUUUGUUGGAAGUGGUGUUUAUGGCUCUAAGAAAGAAAUUGCACACAAUAGGGCAGCAAAAAAUGCUUUGGAAAAUAUGGAAAAAAUUCUUGGUAUAAGCACGUCUACAAAAGAAGAUGUUACCGAAGAUUUAGAUUCCCCUUCUAAGUGCAAUGGAGGUUCAGAUGUUACCGAAAAUUUAAGUUCCCCAUCUAAAUGCAAUGGAGGUCAAGAUGCUACCGAAGAUUUAGGUUCUCCUCCUAAGUGCAAUGGAGAUCUAGAUGCUAUCGAAGGUUCGCCAAAGUGCAAUGGAGGCCCAGAUGUUACCGAAGAUUUAGGUUUUCUUCAUAAAUGCAAUGGAGGUCCAGAUGCUAUUAGAGAUUUAGGUUUCCCAAGAGGUUCAGAUGUUACUGUUUAUAUUAGUGGUUGA